AUGUAGGGUGUAAUCCUUGCUGGUUUGCCCGGCAGUAACAUGUCUGACGCGCUGGCCAACGCCGUGUGCGAGCGCUGCCAGGCACGUUUCGACCCCGCCGAGCGCAUUGUCAACAGCAACGGGGAACUCUACCACGAGAACUGCUUCGUCUGCGCACAGUGCUUCCGGCAGUUCCCAGACGGGCUCUUCUAUGAGUUUGAAGGUCGGAAGUACUGUGAGCAUGACUUUCAGAUGCUGUUUGCUCCUUGCUGCGGGGAAUGUGGGGAGUUCAUUAUUGGGCGUGUGAUCAAGGCAAUGAACAACAACUGGCACCCCGAAUGUUUCCGCUGUGAGCUCUGCGAUGUCACCUUGGCUGACCUGGGCUUUGUGAAGAAUGCUGGCAGGCAUCUGUGCAGGCCGUGCCAUAACCGGGAAAAAGCUAAGGGCCUGGGCAAGUACAUCUGUCAGAAGUGCCACUUGAUAAUUGAUGAGCAGCCUCUGAUGUUUAGGAAUGAUUCCUACCAUCCAGAUCACUUCAACUGCACCCACUGUGGGAAGGAGCUGACAGCCGAGGCACGGGAGCUGAAGGGGGAGCUGUACUGCCUACCCUGCCACGACAAGAUGGGCAUCCCCAUCUGCGGGGCCUGCCGCAGGCCCAUCGAGGGCCGCGUGGUCAACGCGCUGGGCAAGCAGUGGCAUGUUGAGCAUUUUGUUUGUGCCAAAUGUGAGAAGCCAUUCCUGGGGCACCGACACUAUGAGAAAAAAGGACUGGCUUAUUGUGAGACUCAUUAUAACCAGCUCUUUGGGGAUGUCUGCUACAACUGCAGCCACGUGAUAGAGGGAGAUGUGGUGUCAGCUCUAAACAAGGCCUGGUGUGUGAACUGCUUCUCCUGCUCCACCUGCAACAUCAAGCUCACACUGAAGAAUAAAUUUGUGGAGUUUGACAUGAAGCCUGUGUGCAAGAAGUGCUAUGAGAAAUUCCCUUUGGAGCUGAAGAAACGCCUGAAGAAGCUGUCAGAACUUGCAUCCAAGAAGGCCCAUCCCAAAGCUCUAGAGUUAAACUCUGCUUAAACAGGUCUGUCAGUCAGUCUCUGACAGCACUCGUGCAUCAGCUGCUGCUGCUCACUGCAGCUGUUGGUUACAGAGGCAAUCACUAAGUGAAACCAAAGAUAAGCAGUACUUUCCCCUGAUUCUGGUAACGUCACUUGCAUCCUGACUGUCCCUCUUCUGAAGCAAUUAGCUGUUAACACUGGCAGAAAGAGGAGUAUGAUUUCGGCUUGAGCAGUUUACAGGCUGGUUAUUAACUUGCUAAUAACACAUUUUGCCCUCGUGGAAUUGUACACAG